AUGGAGACAUACUACGGCCACGUCCGCACCCCAGCGGACGCUAUUAUCUUGUUCGAGGCUUGCCGAAUUGGAUUACUACCCCGCGUACAAAGGCGACUUUCAGAAAAAGAACGUCAAUCAAUCCGAUCCGGUUCAGUGUUUGUCUGGGAUGAGCGCGAAGCGGGUAUGCGACGAUGGACGGACGGCAAAUCAUGGAGCGCCAGUCGUGUAUCAGGAAGCUUUUUGACAUAUCGUGAGAUGGAAGGCAAGCGAGGUGGGGGCAGCGUUUCACAGGGUUCAGUUCCUCGAGCAGGCAAAACACCAGAGAGUCGAGGUAGUGAUGAAGAGCGGGGAGACGGCACUGAUGAAGGUCCAGAUGGAUACCGAUAUAAGCCCGAUGGAUUGAUGAAGCAAUCAUUCAGUAUUACAACAUCCACCGGUCAACAUCUGCACUUGAUCAGUUAUUAUGCCCGUGCACAUUCCUCUGCUCUUUCACUACAACAACCUACCACCGAUCCAGCCUUGCGUCAUGUCCGUCCCCAAAAGGGUCUUUAUCCAGAAUCAACGGUCAAUGACCAGCAGAAUCUCCCUGUAGUCACGCGGGGUCCUAUGCCAGGUGCUGCUUAUCCCAUUACUCCUCACCCUCAUCCUAUGGCAGGAUACCCUCGUGCUACACACCAACCUCCAUAUCAACCUUCUUAUGCUUGGGGUCCACCAACACCUCUAGCUACACCUCCAACUGUACCAGUUCAUUAUGGUCCUGGAUAUCUUCCACCUGUUUCUGCUGCUCAGGGUCCUCCACCUGCUUAUGGUCCACCACAACAUCAACCACCCCACCCUCACAGUCAUGGUCAUGCUCUACCUCCACCUCCUCAUGGAGCUCCCAUAUAUGACCGUCCUCACCAUUCCGAAAUGUCUCAUCCAGCCGGUCCUCCCCCAACCGGUCCUUCACUCUACCCUGGUCGAUCUCCCCGAAGCAUGCACGAGCCUUUGCAAGAACGAGGAAGCCCGCGUGGCUACGGCCAGCCCAUCAAUGAUCCCCGUGAUCCCCGUCUCGCCUCACCACGGGUUGUUCCCGCACCAGUUGUUCCACAGCCAAACGGCAUUGCUCACAGCCCACAUAUGAUCAAGCGAACCCCACCAACAACACUCCAGCAACUCGGUCCCAUCGGUACUCCCCCAAAACCCGCAGAACAGGGAGCUCCCGGCGCUGUUCCUGGUAUUGGUUCACUGAUGGCUAGUGCAUCUCUCGCACCUAUCACUGUUGCUCCUCCCAAUGGAUCAAAUAGUCCAAGUGGGAUUCGAACUGGAUCUGUAGGCGAAGGUCCUCGUGAUAUUCCCAACGAGAAGAUCGGGUUCAUUGGAGAAGAUAUGAGAGCUUUACGUCAGUUAGACCGUGUGUUUACUGCGUAA